UGAGAAGCCAACGGCACUUCUGUGUUAUUAAUAUCAUAACCAAAGGAGGAAUCUCUCAUAUUGUAGACGGCGAGUAGAGUUGGACCCAAGCCAUGUUUCCAAAGAACAUGUUCUUCUUUCUCAUCCUCACACUCACUACAGCAUCAGCACAAGAUGAUGAUUUUACUUAUAAUGGAUUCGGUUUUGCCAAACUGCAUCUGGACGGCAUUGCAGAGAUCGCAACCAAUGGCCUUCUCAUUCUCACCGACAAUACUAGACUGCAAGCCAAGGGCCACGCCUUUCACCCAUCUCCACUCUGUUUUAGGAACUCAACAACUGGUAAAGCUCUCUCCUUCUCGACUUCUUUCAUCUUUGCAAUCGUCCCCAAGUACCAGGACUUGUUUGGCCAUGGACUUGCCUUUGUUCUUGCGCAUUCCGUAAAUCUGUCUUAUGCCUUACCUAGUCAAUACCUGGGACUCUUCAAUACAAACAAUUCAGAUUCUUCAAACCAAAUUGUGGCCAUCGAAUUCGAUACAAACAUGAACCCUGAAUUUGGUGAUAUUGACAAUAAUCAUGUUGGAAUUGAUGUUAGCAGCCCAAAGUCUAUUAAUUCCUCGCAUGCAGCUUAUUUCACUAAUGACAAUGGCGCUGGGUUCAAGAACCUGAGCCUUGCGAGCGGCAAACCAAUACAAGCCUGGAUCGAAUACAGUCACAUGGAUGGACUGCUUAAUGUAACGUUAGCACCUAUUGAUGCAACCAAACCAGGUGUUCCAUGCUUGUCUUCAAAUGUGAAUCUCUCUUCUUUGAUCUCGGACCAUAUGUAUGUCGGAUUUUCUUCUUCAGUAGGCUCAUUUAUAACAUCUCAUUACAUAUUGGGCUGGAGCUUUAAGUUGAAUGGAAGGGCUCAAGCACUCGAUUUCUCACGUCUUCCAUCCCUCCCUCACACACCAUCUAAAUCGAGCUUAGAGUCUUGGAAGAUUGGGUUGCCGAUAAUCUUGGCAAUACUUUUCUUGUUAAUAAUCAUAACUGGCAUAAUCUUUCUGGUGAAGAGCAAGAUUAAAUUCAGAGAGGUGUUUGAAGAUUGGGAGCUAGAAUAUGGACCCCAGAGAUUCUGCUACAAGGACCUAUUCUUGGCCACCAUGGGAUUCAAAGACCAACAGCUCUUGGGAGCCGGAGGUUUUGGUAGGGUCUACAAAGGCGUGUUGCCAAAGACUGACAUCCAAGUUGCAGUUAAGCAGGUGUCGCAUGAAUCAAGACAAGGUAUGAGAGAGUUCAUCGCAGAGAUUGUUAGCCUUGGCCGCUUGCGUCACCGGAACUUGGUACAGCUCCUCGGUUAUUGCAGGAGAAAAGGGGAGCUCUUAUUGGUCUAUGAAUUCAUGCCCAACGGUAGUUUGGACAAGUUCCUAUUUAACCAACCUAAGUUGAUGCUUAGUUGGGGACAAAGAUUCCAAAUAAUCAAAGGUGUAGCUUCCGCGCUUUAUUAUUUGCAUGAAGAAUGGGAGAAGGUGGUUGUUCAUAGAGACAUCAAGGCUAGCAACAUCCUGCUAGAUGAUCAGAUGAAUGGAAGACUGGGUGAUUUUGGCCUGGCAAGACUAUAUGAUCACGGAACCGAUCCCCGGACUACACAUGUAGUCGGGACUUUGGGUUACCUUGCACCAGAGCUCACCAAGACUGGCAAGGCAACUACAAGCACAGAUGUGUUUGCCUUUGGUGGAUUUUUGCUUGAGGUGGCUUGUGGAAGAAGGCCAAUAGAGAUAAGACCAUCAGAAGAAGACAUAGUGUUGGCAAAUAAAGUUCUGGAGUGCUGGAAGGCAGGGACUAUUUUGGAGGCGAGGGAUCCUAACUUGGGGAUUGAAUAUGUUGUCCAAGAGAUGGAGAUGGUGCUAAAGCUCGGCCUUCUUUGUUCACACCCUAACUCCAGUUCUAGGCCUCCUAUGCGGCUGGUGAUGCAAAUCAUGGAGCGCGAAGCUCCCCUUCCAGAGAUGUCUGAAGAUGGUUGGAAUGCCGAGAUUUCAGCUAUGGGGAAUGAAGGCUUUAGUGAUGUUGGCAUGUCAAAUAGUUCGUUGUCAAGCAUGUUUGCCUGCUCAAACAAUGGAACUGCUCUCUUGACCGGCCGUUGAUAGUGGUAAACGUUUGUAAAAGUAAUGUUUAAAGUAUAGCUAAAGCUUCAUGUUAGUUAUGAAUGAUAUGAAUGCUUUUUAAUUGAGGUGUGGUUUUUGCUGCAAUGUGAAACUAAAAUUGCAGUAAUAAAUGUAAUGCAGUUUACUGAAGAGAGAAA